AUGUUUGGACAUGGAGAGAGACCUUCGGCUUCUGCUGCUUCAAUCGUUGUAGCUAGGCCACGGAAAUACCUCGGAAAAUUUGGACAAUAUGCCAACACAAAUCGGAAUGAGUACAUACCCCCCCUAGGCGCCGUGCGCAACGCCACGCCCACAGGCCGCGAGGACGCAAUCGGCGGGCUGCCAACGUACAUUGUGCAAUCAAACGACAAAUCCAAGUCGAAAUCAGUGGUCUUUCUUGUCGAUAUUGUCGGCGGCAAGUUCAAGAAUGUCCCUCUGUUGGCGAAUGAUUACGCUAAAGCUGAGUUUUACUGCUCCAUCCCUGACAUACAUGGGGGAGACUCCUUACCGAUCGACUUCCCGCAGAGCAUCGAGCCUCCUUUGAAAGUCAACGAAGAGGAAGGCAUGCUUGACAAAGCGAAAGACCCAGUUGACUUCAUGCUUGAUGCGGGCCCUCUGGGCCGAUCAAGCACCUGGCUUUAUCAACACGGUGCGCAAGAUCCCUGGUACCGACAAAUCGGUGCACUCGGUUUCUGCUCGGGCGGCCACUAUGCCAUCCUGCAGGGCCAUGGGCGCAAGGGAGGCGAGAUUGGCAGCAUCGAUGCCGCGUAUGCGUGUCAUCCAUUGCUAUUGUCUAUUGCAAGCGACCUCAACCCGGUGACGAAACCUACCAGCGCCGCCGUCGGCGAAAAGGAUAGUCUUCCAGACUUAAAAUCCAUGGAGCAGAUCAGAGAAGGCCUGGAGAAACCCGGCGUGCCCACCGAGGUCAAGAUCUAUCAGGAUCAGGUACACGGUUUCGCACUGAGGAGUGACUAA